AUGAUGUGUCAAAAAUUCUCUGUGAUUUUGUUACAUUGGGAAUUUAUUUACAUGAUAACUGCGUUUAACUUGGCAUAUCCAAUAACUCCCUGGAGAUUUAAAUUGUCUUGCAUGCCACCAAAUACAACUUAUGACUACUUCUUGCCUGCUGGAAUCUCAAAGAACACUUCAAAUUUGAAUGAACAUUAUGAGGCAGUUGUUGAAGCUAGAUUUAAUUCAAGUGCUACCUCCCUUUCUAACUUACCCAAUACAACUUUCCACUGUUGCUUUUGGAGUGAGCAAGAUAAAAACUGUUCUGUACAUGCAGACAACACUGCAGGGAAGACACUUGUUUCAACAGUAAAUUCUUUAGUUUUCCAACAAAUAGGAGCAAACUGGAACGUCCAGUGCUGGAUGAAAGGAGACUUGAAAUUAUUCAUCUGUUAUGUGGAGUCAUUAGUUAAGAAUUCUUUCAAGAAUUAUGACCUUAGGGUCCAUCUUUUAUAUGUUUUGCCUGAAAUGUUAGAAGAUUCUCCUCUGGUCCCCAAGAAAGGCAGUUUCCAGAUUGCUCAUUGCAACUGCACUGGUCGUGAGUGUUGUGAAUGUCAUGUGCCUGUGCCAACUGCCAAACUCAGCUACACUCUUCUUAUGUAUUUGAAAAUCACAUCUGGUGGAGUAAUUUUUCAGUCACCUCUAAUGUCGGUUCAGCCCAUAAAUGUCGUGAAACCUGAUCCACCGUUAGGUUUACAUAUGGAGAUCACAGAUGAUGGUAACUUAAACAUUUCUUGGUCCAGACCAACAUUGGUACCGUUUCAACUUCAAUAUCAAGUGAAAUAUUCAGAAAAUUUUACAGGAAUUAUGAGAGAAGCUGAUGAGAUUGUCUCAUCUACAUCCCUGCUAGUAGACAGUGUGCUUCCUGGGUCUUCUUAUGAGGUUCAGGUGAGGAGCAAGAGACUGGAUGGACCGGGAAUCUGGAGCGACUGGAGUAGCCCUCAUAUCUUUAUCACACAAGAUGUCAUAUACUUUCCACCUAAAAUUCUGACAAGUGUUGGGUCUAACGUUUCUUUUCAUUGCAUCUAUAAAAAUGAAAGCAAGACUGUUUCCUCAAAAGAUAUCGUUUGGUGGAUGAAUUUAGCUGAGAAAAUUCCUCAAAGCCAGUACCAUGUUGUGAGUGACCAUGUUAGCAAAGUUACUUUUCCCAAUUUGAACGCAACUAAACCGCGAGGAAAGUUUACCUAUGAUGCGGUGUACUGCUGCAGUGAACAUGAGUGCCAUCAUCGCUAUGCAGAAUUAUAUGUGAUUGAUACCAAUAUCAAUAUAUCAUGUGAAACUGAUGGGUACUUAGCUAAAAUGACUUGCAGAUGGUCAGCCAAUCCAGUCCAAUCACUUGUGGGAAGUACUUUGCAGUUGAUGUAUCAUAGGAGCAGCCUUUACUGUUCUGAUAUUCCAUCUGUUCAUCCCAUGUCUGAACCCAAAGAUUGCCAUUUGCAGAAGGAUGGUUUUUAUGAAUGCAUUUUUCAGCCAAUCUUUCUAUUAUCUGGCUAUACAAUGUGGAUUAGAAUCAAUCACCCUUUAGGUUCACUUGACUCUACACCAACAUGUGUCCUUCCUGAUUCUGUGGUGAAACCACUGCCUCCAUCCAGUGUGAAAGCAGAAAUUACUGUAAACAUUGGAUUAUUAAAAGUAUCUUGGGAAAAGCCAGCCUUUCCAGAGAGUAAUCUUCAGUUCCAGAUUCGCUAUGGCUUAAGUGGAAAAGAAGUACAUUGGAAGAUCUAUGAAGUGUAUGAUGCAAAAUCUGCCAGUCUCCCGGUGCCAGACCUGUGUGCAGUCUAUGCUGUUCAGGUGCGCUGUAAGAGGCUAGAUGAACUGGGAUAUUGGAGUGAUUGGAGCAGUCCAGCCUACACAGUUGUCAUGGAUAUAAAAGUUCCUAUGAGAGGACCUGAAUUUUGGAGAAUAAUUAAUGGAGAUAUUACUAAAAAAGAGAAAAAUGUCACCUUACUUUGGAAGCCACUGAUGAAAAAUGAGUCAUUGUGCAGUGUGAGGAGAUAUGUGGUAAACCAUCAUACUUCCCGCAAUGGAACAAGGUCAGAAGAUGUGGGAAAUAACACCACAUUCACUUUCUUGUGGACAGAGCAAGUACAUACCGUCACGGUUCUGGCCAUCAAUUCAAUUGGUGCUUCUUUUGUAAAUUUUAAUUUAACAUUCUCAUGGCCUAUGAGCAAAGUAAAUAUUGUGCAGUCACUCAGUGCUUAUCAUUUAAACAGCAGUUGUGUGAUUCUUUCCUGGAUACUGUCACCCAGUGAUUACAAUCUAAUGUAUUUUAUUAUCGAAUGGAAAAAUCUUAAUGAAGAUGAUGAAAUUAAAUGGCUUAGAAUCCCUUCAUCUGUUAAGAAGUAUUAUAUCCAUGAUUAUUUUAUCCCCAUUGAGAAGUAUCAGUUCAGUCUUUACCCAAUAUUUACUGAAGGAGUGGGAAAACCGAAGAUAAUUAAUAGUUUCACCCAAGAUGAUAUUGAGAAACACCAGAAUGAUGCAGGUCUAUAUAUAAUUGUGCCGAUAAUUAUUUCCUCUUCUAUCUUAUUGCUUGGAACAUUGUUAAUAUCGCACCAAAGAAUGAAAAAGCUAUUUUGGGAAGAUGUUCCAAACCCCAAGAAUUGUUCCUGGGCACAAGGACUUAAUUUUAAGAAGCCAGAAACGUUUGAGCAUCUUUUUAUCAAGCAUACAGAAUCAGUGACCUUUGGUCCUCUUCUGUUGGAGCCUGAAAUCAUUUCAGAAGAUAUCAGUUUUGAUACACCAUGGAAAAGUAAAGACGAGAUGGUGCCAGCAACUAUGGUCUCUCUACUUUUGACAGCUCCAGAUCUUGGAGAGGGUUCUAUCUGUAUUAGUGACCAAUGUGACAGUGCUAGCUUCUCUGAGGCUGAGAGCACCGAGGUAACCUGUGAAGAUGAAAACUGGAGACAACCCUCAGUUAAAUAUGCCACGCUGAUUGGCAACUCCAAAGCAAGUGAAACUGAUGAAGAGCAAGGGCUUAUGAACAGUUCAGUCGGCAAGUGCUUCUCUUGUCAAAAUUCUCCAUUGAAGGAUUCUUUCCUGAAUAGCUCAUGGAAGAUAGAGACCCGGGCGUUUUUUAUAUUAUCAGAUCAGCAUCCCAGCAUAAUUUCACCACACCUUUCAUUCUCAGAAGGAUUGGACGAACUUUUGAUAUUGAAGGGAAAUUUCCCUGAAGAAAAUAAUGAUCAAAAGUCUGUCUAUUAUUCAGGGGUAACUUCAAUCAAAAAAAGAGAGAGUGCUGUGUUUUUGACUGACGCGUCACGAGUGUUGUGCCCGUUCCCAGCCCGCUGUUUAUUCACUGACAUCAGGAUCCUCCAGGACAGUUGCUCACACUUUGCAGAAAAUAAUUUCAAUUUAGGAUCUUCUGGUAAGAAGACUUUUGUAUCUUACAUGCCUCAGUUUCAAACUUGUUCCACUCAGACCCAUAAGAUAAUGGAAAACAAGAUGUGUGACCUAACUGUGUAA